UCCAUUUGGGAGCGGGGGGGCGGGGCUGGUUUCCGCUGUCCCGGCUGAGAGCUGAGUCAGUCUCUCCGGCAGCAGGAGCUGGGCUCUGUGUCGACCGGCAAAGUUUACUCCUGAGCCGGGAGGCAGCGCUGAGCCACCGCGGCUCCCAAACUUACUCCAUUCCCACUGUCCCCCCAGCCUCCCACCCCCCCCCCCCCAAAAAAUACAGCCCACUGUUUGUGUCCCCCCCACAAAGUGAGAGAGAAGCGGAUUGUGUGAAAUGAACUCUCUCUCUGCGUGGCUGAGGUUUAAAGAGUCUUAAAGACCCGGGGGGUGGGGAUUAUCCCCAGUGCUGUUCUAUCAACAGCUGAUACACCGAGUACCUUCAGUCCCUAGAGUUCCUGUGACAAGCCACGACCCAACGAAAAUGCUUUGCCAACUUGUCCAUCAGUGCUCCAAGGCUCAGCAGCGAGCGGGGCAGAUCGCCGUGUGAGCUGGCUGUCUGUGCACAUCUCUCCCUCUUCCCCCUGGGUGACCCAGUCGGGAUUCUUCCGAUUUCGUUCAGCCACUCGCCCCUUCCACCUUCCGAGUGAAUGCCAGCGGCGGCGGGCACCGGUUUGGGGUCGUUAUUGUGAAGGACUGCACUUGGAGCGGAGAGUCAGGGGGGUGGGGAGUCCAAAAGAUGUCAACCCCUGCCAGGUACAAGAAAGAUAAAGAGAUCAUCACCGAGUAUGAAGCACAAGUCAAAGAAAUACGAGCUCAGUUGGUCGAGCAACUGAAAUGCUUGGAGCAGCAGACGGAGAUGAGAGUUCAACUCCUCCAGGAUCUCCAGGAUUUCUUCCGCAAGAAGUCCGAAAUCGAAAUGGAGUAUUCCCGAAACUUGGAGAAACUGGCUGAGAGAUUCAUGGCAAAAACCCGCAGUACAAAAGACCACCAGCAAUACAAGAGGGACCAGAAUCUCCUGUCCCCAGUUAACUGCUGGUAUCUGCUCCUGAACCAAGUCAGGAGAGAAAGCAAAGACCACGCAACUUUAAGCGACAUCUAUCUGAACAACGUUAUCAUGCGCUUCAUGCAAAUCAGUGAGGACUCUACAAGGCUCUUCAAAAAGAGCAAGGAGAUCGGAUUCCAACUGCACGAGGACUUAAUGAAGGUUCUCAAUGAACUGUACACGGUCAUGAAGACGUACCACAUGUACCACACCGAAAGCAUUAGUGCAGAGAGUAAACUGAAGGAGGCUGAGAAACAGGAGGAGAAGCAGAUUGGGAGGGACCCUGUCUUCAACAUCCAGAUGGAAGAAAAGCACCAGAGGCGGAGGUCGGUGAAAAAGAUCGAGAAAAUGAAAGAGAAGCGUCAAGCCAAAUACUCUGAGAAUAAGCUGAAGUCCAUCAAGGCCCGAAAUGAGUACCUAUUGACGUUGGAGGCGAGCAACAACUCCGUUUUCAAAUAUUACAUCCAUGACCUUUCUGAUGUGAUUGAUUGCUGUGAUCUGGGGUACCAUGCAAGUCUAAACAGAGCUCUGAGGACAUUCCUUUCUGCUGAAUACAACCUGGAAACAUCCAGGCAUGAAGGCCUGGACAUCAUCGAGAACGCUGUUGAUAAUUUGGAUCCUCGCAGUGACAAGCAGCGGUUUAUGGAGAUGUAUCACACAGCAUUCUGUCCACCGGUGAAAUUCGACUUCCAGCCACACAUGGGAGAUGAGGUUUGCCAGGUUAGCGCUCAGCAACCCGUGCAGUCUGAGCUGAUGCUCCGAUAUCAGCAGCUGCAAUCCCGACUGACCACCCUGAAGAUUGAAAACGAGGAGGUUAAAAAGACGAUGGAAGCAACUCUGCAGACAAUACAGGACAUGGUGACCAUUGAGGAUUAUGAUGUCUCAGAGUGUUUCCAGCACAGCCGUUCAACAGAGUCUGUCAAAUCCACGGUGUCCGAAACUUACCUGAGCAAGCCAAGCAUUGCAAAGAGACGAGCCAAUCAGCAAGAAACCGAGCAGUUCUAUUUCAUGAAACUCAAAGAGUACCUCGAGGGGAGCAACCUCAUCAUGAAGCUGCAAGCUAAGCAUGACGUGUUACACCGCACGCUGGGGGAGGGCCAGAAGAGUAACUUCAUGACCACAAGGCCUCCAAAUGUGCCCCCUAAACCUCAGAAAGCCAGGAAAUCCAGGCCCCGAUCAGAAUAUAAUGCUAAGUUAUUUAAUGGGGAUUUGGAAACGUUUGUCAAGGACUCUGGACAAACCAUUCCUCUAAUUGUGGAAAGUUGCGUGCGAUUUAUCAACUUAUAUGGUCUUCAGCAUCAGGGGAUCUUCCGAGUUCCUGGAUCACAGGCUGAAGUCAAUGAUAUUAAAAAUUCAUUUGAGCGAGGUGAAGAUCCUUUAGCUGAUGAUCAGGAUAACCAUGACAUUAACUCAGUCGCAGGAGUUCUGAAGCUCUACUUCAGAGGUUUGGAAAACCCACUCUUUCCUAGGGAAAGAUUUAACGAGCUCAUUCCUUGUGUCCGAGUAGAGAAUCUGUAUGAGAGAGCUCUUCAUCUUCGCAAGAUUCUCCUCACCCUUCCCCGCUCUGUGAUCAUCGUGAUGAGAUACCUCUUUGCCUUUUUAAACCACCUGUCUCAAUACAAUGACGAGAACAUGAUGGAUCCUUACAACUUGGCGAUCUGCUUCGGCCCUACCCUGAUGCCUGUGCCCGACACGCAAGACCAAGUCUUGUGCCAGGCCCAUGUGAACGAGCUGAUCAAGACGAUCAUCAUCCACAGUGAGCUGAUAUUUCCUGACCCCAAGGAUCUGGAGGGACCCGUCUAUGAAAAGUGUAUGGCCGGUGACGACUAUUGUGACAGUCCCUACAGUGAACAUGGGACACUGGAGGAUGUCGAUCUCGAGACUGGUACUGAGACGCACACCAGUGAGGAUGAAGGUGAACCCAUUGAAGCAAUCGCCAAAUUUGAUUAUGCCGGACGCUCUGCUCGAGAGCUGUCGUUUAAGAAGGGAGCGUCGUUGCUUCUCUACCACAGAGCAUCUGAGGACUGGUGGGAGGGGAGACAUAAUGGGAUUGAUGGGCUCGUGCCCCAUCAGUACAUUGUGGUGCAGGACACGGAUGAUACCUUUUCUGACACUCUGAGCCAGAAAGCUGACAGUGAAAGCAGCAGUGGGCCAACAGCCGAAGACAAGCUGUCCUCCAAAAACGACAUCAGCUCACCGACCGAUCGUGUUCCUGAUGUUUAUGCGGCAAGACAGAAAAGGAGACCAGAACCACCGACAGCUCGGCGCCCGUUGAGACCCAACGACGGGCACUGUGCAGUGCACCCAGUCCAUGGCUUAGUAAGUAGCUCUGGGGACGGUGGCCCUUUGAUCAUGCCUACCCACGCCAGCUCCCGCCUUUUCCACCAGAAUCGCAGCAUGCCAGUGGACAGUCCGGAGAGGCGUCGCCGAGGUGCCCUUGGCAGCCUUUCCAACCUUAGCCGACAGGAGGCUCUCAAAAAGAUCGAGAGUCCGCCAAUCAGAAGGUCUACAUCCUCCGGUCAAUACAACUGCUUCAGUGAGCAUAAACCUCUAGACCCUGAAACAAUCGCCCAGGACAUUGAAGAGACAAUGAACACUGCGCUGAACGAGUUGCGGGAGCUGGAACGUCAGAGCACAGUGAAGCACACCCCCGACGUGGUCCUGGACACCCUGGAGCAGAAGAAGAGCAUGCCGGCCUCUCUCCCCGCCAGCGACCCACGAGGUGGGCACCCCCCUGCCGCCCUGAAACCCGUCGACCCUGUCAUCCGCAGGAGCACCAGCUCUUCCAGCGAGCCCGUGGGCACCUCCAAACCUGUCCUGUCACCCAGGAUGGGCUUGCAACUCAAACCCCCUGCCCUCAGGCCCAAGCCAGUGGUGCUCCCCAAGACCAACCCCACCGUGGCACCUCCGCCCGCUGUCCAGAGUUCCACAGACAAAUCCUGCACCAUAUUUCGGAUCGGCGAUCCCUGCGUUGUUGUCUAUCUGAUCUGAGCUCUGUGGUUAGCUCUAUCAGAGCAGCUUGAGUCAAAAGCACAGGUUGCCCACCAGGAGAGACCUUUUCCACAUCAAAGCCCUUUGACAUUGUUUCUGGGAGCAUGUUGAUGUCUGCAUUUCCAACCCUCCCCUUGUUGCUUGCUCGCUCCCUGUUGGAGGGGGGGAAGAGGAUAGUAACCUCUUCCCCUCAACUGGCAGAUUGAAUAUCUCUUUUAUGGUCCUCUUUGACCUGACUUUGAGACUGGAAUACAACUUCGGGAUGACCAAAGGAGUGCUAGUGUUAUACCACCUUGUGGCAUAGUGCGCUGGUACGUUAACCCAACAGUGCCACAGUCUAUCAGCUCAGACAACUGCCUAACUCUUAGCCCUUUUUACAAAAAUAACCCCUGAGACUACAAUCAUUGAAAGCUGCACAUACAUGGAAUCUGUGGUUUAAUGACCUUGUGACGCACAGUCAUUUCUGUCUGCCAUGAAUCUAAUCUACUAAAUGUUGAACUUUUCGUAACAUUUUACAGUUUCCACUUCAUGUGGUCUUUAAAAGAAUGUGGUAGUACUUUUAAGGAACAUGUAGUAUAGAGUUCACUUAAAUUAAUUUAAAAAAAUACAAAAUGUACAUCAGCCAAAAUGGAUUCUGCAACGUUGCCUUGCUACCAGGAUUUGUAUAUUCAAAUAAUAAUUAUACUGGAUUGCGAGAAAUGCUUACAGCAGAUCCGAAUUUAGCAAAGGUGUAUAAUGGAAAUUAUCAAUUUGACAAGUGUUUUCUGGGUGCAAUCACAGAAAAUAUGUAGUCCAAGGCUAGGCUUCUUUAAACUGCAGUUUAAGUGGAUUUGUAACAGGGACCUGAUAACAGCUACAGACACACUGAGUGGUAACUACCAUUGACCACCUACCUGACAAAACUCUGGAUCCUUUACUGCCAUUUUAGUUCCCGAUAGUUUCCUCACUGUCGGCCGUUACCCCAUUGUGUCAAUGUACAUCUCUAGUACGUACAUGCGGAAGUGCCUUUAAACUCUUAGAGAAACUUGAGCCUUGUUCUGUGCUGUUGCAUUUCCAUUUUCACUCAUUGAACAACUCUCGUUUUAAACAAAAUGCAGUUGUUGACAAUGUACUGUUAAUCAGUUGUGACAAUGCACUUUUGUGUAUAGUACUGUACAUCUGGCAUGUAACA